AUGGCUACCACAUGCCUGAGAUAUCUUUGUCUUGAUAUAUUCGACCCUGAGAUUGACCCGACUGAUGUGAAAAUGCAUAUUUUAUCUGGUAGAUACGGCUUGUAUUGGUUUGCGGCCAGUCAACUUCUGAGCAUUCUCCAAAGAUGUGCAAGGCUCCUCGCCGACCAAGCUCUGCCUGACUUGCUGAAGAACGAAUUAACUCUGUUCUGCCAAAUCCGCGGAAACAUUAGCUUUGAUCCUGCGGCAAAGGAUGACAAAAAAGCUGUGAAGGAGCAGAUACUUCCAGAGGAGGACGUUUUUCAGACCUUCAAACCGGUCUUACCCGAAGAACAUCGCUUUUUGCACCAUGCGCUUGCAUUACGCAGCCUUGAUAAUGGGAAAUGGAGACUGGACCAAGAAAUCGCUAUUAUCAUUCAUGAGCAGUUUGAAGCGCUUCUCUGCCAGACAUCAGAUCAUUCCGGCAAUUGUGCCUGUGCCAAAUUAAAACAACAUUACGGCGCACGCCUCUUCAGAUGUCAUUAUGUGAUAUGCCAGCCCCAACGAAUCUCUUUCGAGCGGUUCUCCUCUCGCGAGAUACCAAGCAAAAACCAUAGUCGAUCAUACAAAUGCCCACACACCGGGUGUGCAUUCUAUUCUCUGGGGUUUUCUUCCCCAAGGCAAUUGGAUAAGCACAUCGAAAAGUGCCACCGCGAUACCCAGCCAAGAUCGAUUCAAAUUCUUCCAGAUCCUGACUCAAAUGAGCUUGUGCCACUACUAUCAGAUUUGAUUGCGCUGGGACGGACUGCGGAAGUAGAAGCAUUGUGCACACCUUUCCAGUCAUUGAAUUCUGAUAGUCAGCUUGGCCUUCUAGAUCAUGCUGCCCACUCUGGACCAUUGCAGAUGGUGAAAGCUCUCUACUCGGCGCGUACAGAGAGUAUUCUUCACACGUUAAAAUCAUCCACUCGUUGUGAGGAAGCCAAUGCCAUUUGCGGACUAGCUUGUUCGUCGCUUUCAGGAGAGAAUCUUGACGUCUUAGAGUGGCUCAGCCUCAAGACACACAAUGUCUGCGACGGGUGUGGAUCGCUUGUGAGUGGCCAUUUCGAAGAAAAGUUCUUCGUGGACGGAAUAUCUUCAGACUCUGAUGAAGUAUUCGAGGCAUGGAGAAAAUGCUUCGCCUCUGCUAUCUGUUAUCCUCGCCCCCUUUAUAGACUGCCGGCAAUCAUGGACAGAAUGUUCAUCUGGCAGAUAAGAGAACCUAUACAUCAGGAUCGGCUAGCAGGAGUCUGGGAAGACAUUCUCCACUGUGGAAAAUUUGAUAAUGUUGAAUUAGGUUACACUCUGACCGAUCUGGCUAAAGGGACAUGUUCUGUAGCCUUGGCGAAGGUCCUCCUCUCGGCUGGAGUCGACGUGGAUUUCAGAUUACCAGAAGUUGGAAGGGAGCAAUCUACGAGGAAAACUCCAUUGCAUUUUGCCUCUAGGAAGACCACUAGGGAAGCAGCUGAAAUGAUGAAGUUGCUUCUUAUCUGGGGUGCGAACCCAAAUGCUGAAGCAAGAACUCCUUGGUCUCAUUCGCAUCAAGAGCGAUCUCGUGAUGAAAAUGUUAGACCCAGGCGAAGGAUCGUUUUGGUGACGAACAGUAUUGUCGAGUCUUCUGGUAAUAACAAGUAUCCAAAUCAAAGCAACACCUGCUUAAGCCUCUAUUCUGGUUUUAGUGAAGGUGCCGAUAUAAAAUGA